ACUGCGUUGAAGAUUUCAGCAUCAGACUACAAAGUGUAAUAUGUAUAGUUUGGUCAAAUUAGUGAACACUAGAGGCUACUGACAUGCUACCAGCAUUUGGAAUAGUCUGCUUGCAUUAAUGUCAAAGCUGCCACUUAAUACCCAACAAGCUCUUGUAGAAAGGACAAUGAGUGGCUUCAGGACACCCUGUUAUUGCAGUAGCAGCACUCUCCUUAAGCAGUGGUGCUAGCGUUACCCCUAGCUGUCCAAGCGAGCUAGAAACACCUUCAAUAUCUCCAAUAAGCAGAAAUUUGUCUAGCCACUUUGCUCUGUCCUUUUAUUUCCAAUCUCUAGGCACAGCUUUGUCACCUGGGGCCUAAGGCCUCCCAAAAGAGUCUUUAGCUGGAGAAAAUUAUUUUGAGUUGACUGAAUCACUUCACAGACCACAUCAAUCAGACAGGCCUUCUGGUCCUUUUCCAUUACCUGGUAGGACAGGGACUGGCUGCCAGCUCACAGCAGCUUCUGCUGGCAACCGCCUCUCAGUUUUGUGUAGGCCUGCCGUGUCACCGAGAAGGAAACCAGCCAGGAAAGCAGCCCAUUCCCGCUCCUCCAGCUGCUAAUGCCCUGGGACCGGUCGCCUCUGCCUCCUCCGGAGCCCACAUUCCCACUGCAUCUUCCCUUUUUACUGGGAAUAUUUAAUCCUCUUCCACAUUCAGGAUGGACAAAAAAGAAACCCUUCCAAGCCAUCCUUAACUCCUCAGCAGGGCCAGGAAGAGAGGAAGUGAAACCACCCCAGGAGGACCCUGAGCCGGAGCCCAGGAACAGCAUCCGGACAGAGCGGCUUCUCCCUCGUUAGAAGGCACCUUCACUUAACCCGAGCCCCCGUUCAUCGGCGAACACACCGGAUCGAUGCUGCCCUAACCUACCCGCUUCUCCUACCAAAUCUCCAGGCUUGAAGAUGCAGUGGACGCCGGAGCAUGCCCAGUGGCCAGAACAGCACUUUGAUAUCACUUCGACCACUCGGUCCCCUGCCCACAAGGUGGAAGCCUACCGAGGCCACCUGCAGCGCACCUACCAGUACGCCUGGGCCAACGAUGACAUCUCAGCUCUGACCGCCUCCAAUCUUCUGAAAAAGUAUGCAGAAAAAUACUCCGGUAUUUUGGAAGGCCCAUCUGAGCGGCCCAUUCUUAGCAAUUACUCUGAAGCUCCCUCGGGGCUGGUGAAUGGACGGAAGAAUGAAAGUGAGCCCUGGCAGCCAUCACUGAACUCAGAGAGCGUGUAUCCCAUGAACUGUGUCCCAGAUGUUAUCACUGCCAGCAAAGCUGGAGUAAGUGCAGCCCUCCCUCCCACAGAUGUGUCAGCCAGCAUCGGGAGCUCUCCGGGGGUGGCCAGUAACCUGGCUGAACCUAGUUAUUCCAGCAGCACCUGUGGAAGUCACACCGUUCCCAGUCUCCAUUCAGGGCUCCCAUCUCAGGAAUAUGCCGCAGGAUACAAUGGCUCAUACUUGCAUACCAGUUACAGUGGCCAGCCAGCACCUGCACUUCCAUCCCCUCAUCCAUCCCCCCUGCAUAGCUCGGGACUUUUACAGCCACCACCACCACCGCCACCACCAGCCCUCGUCCCUGGCUACAACGGGACCUCUAACCUCUCCAGUUACAGCUACCCUUCUGCCAGUUAUCCUCCUCAAACCGCUGUUGGCCCUGGGUACAGCCCUGGGGGUGCCCCACCGCCCUCGGCGUACCUGCCUUCAGGAAUCCCUGCUCCAACCCCUCUGCCCCCAACCACUGUCCCCAGCUAUUCCUACCAGGGCCAUGGUCUGACACCUAUUGCGCCGUCUGCUCUGACAAACAGUUCAGCCAGCUCUCUCAAAAGGAAAGCUUUCUACAUGGCAGGGCAAGGAGAAAUGGACUCCAGUUAUGGAAAUUACAGCUAUGGCCAACAGAGAUCUACACAGAGUCCCAUGUAUCGAAUGCCCGACAACAGCAUUUCAAAUGCAAACAGGGGGAAUGGUUUUGACAGAAGUGCUGAAACAUCAUCCUUAGCAUUUAAGCCAACAAAGCAGCUAAUGUCCUCUGAACAGCAAAGGAAAUUCAGCAGCCAGUCCAGUAGGGCUCUAACACCCCCAUCCUAUAGUACUGCUAAAAACUCACUGGGUUCGAGAUCAAGUGACUCAUUUGGGAAGUAUACCUCCCCAGUAAUGAAUGAGCAUGGUGACGACCACAGACAGCUCCUCCCUCACCCAAUGCAAGGCCCGGGACUUCGUGCAGCUACCUCAUCCAACCACUCUGUGGACGAGCAACUGAAGAAUACUGACACACACCUCAUUGACAUUGUUACCAAUGAGAUUAUCAACCAAGGACCUCCUGUGGACUGGAGUGACAUCGCUGGCCUAGAUCUAGUUAAGGCCGUCAUUAAGGAGGAGGUUUUAUGGCCAGUAUUGAGGUCAGAUGCAUUCAAUGGACUUACUGCUCUACCUCGGAGCAUCCUUUUAUUUGGACCUCGGGGAACAGGCAAAACGUUAAUGGGCAGAUGUAUAGCUAGUCAGCUGGGGGCCACAUUUUUCAAAAUCAGUGGCUCUGGCCUUGUCACAAAGUGGUUAGGGGAAGGAGAAAAAGUUGUCCAUGCCUCCUUCCUUGUGGCAAGGUGUCGCCAACCCUCAGUGAUUUUUGUUAGUGACAUUGAUAUGCUCCUUUCCUCUCAAGUGAGUGAAGAACACAGUCCAGUAAGUCGGAUGAGAACCGAGUUCCUUAUGCAGCUGGAUACUGUACUGACUUCUGCUGAGGACCAAAUAGUAGUAAUUUGCGCCACGAGUAAACCGGAAGAAAUCGAUGAAUCUCUUCGAAGGUACUUCAUGAAACGACUUUUAAUUCCACUUCCUGACAGCACAGCGAGGCACCAGAUAAUAGUACAACUGCUCUCACAGCACAAUUACUGUCUCAAUGACAAGGAGGUUGCACUGCUUGUCCAGCGCACAGAAGGCUUUUCUGGACUAGAUGUGGCUCACUUGUGUCAGGAAGCUGUGGUGGGCCCACUCCACGCCAUUCCAGCCACAGACCUUUCAUCCAUUAUGCCCAGUCAGUUGAGGCCAGUUACAUAUCAAGACUUUGAAAAUGCUUUCUGCAAGAUACAGCCUAGCAUAUCUCAAAAAGAGCUUGAUACAUAUGUUGAAUGGAACAAAAUGUUUGGUUGCAGUCAGUGAUACUACUUAAAAAAAAAAGAAAUGUAAUGAAUGUUGGCACACACAGAACCUGCUACAUAGGGUAGAGAACCCUUUUCAGUAGUGUUAAAAUUGCAAAGGGUACUGGGAAGACUACAAUUUACCUUGCCUCUAAAGAGCCAGGGUAGACUUGAAGGAAAAGUGCAUCAAACGAGAGCUGCUGAUCUGAAAAAGCCACACAUGACAGAAAGCGCAUGUUGAUGCUCAGUUCUGUUCAAGCUAGACAAUACUCACCAAGGAGCAAGGUGCAAGUGGGUUGAUUUCAGAAGGACAUGAACCCUGUGUGUUGAUUCCAUUCUGCUGUUCUUGAGAUUUAGUUGCUGUCAAGUGCCUGAAGUGGUGCUUUAUUUUUUGUUUGCCUCACAAUUACAUUGGUGGCAUGUGCUAAUAUAAAGAGCUUUAACUUCAAACAUUAUUGGACUAAAGAGAUGAACGGUUGUGUUGCGACAGAGAACCAGAUUUUUGCUAUUCUAAGAGCAACAGUAUUCCUCAAUCCUGUCUGUUCUGCGGUGUAAACUAAGAACAGGUAAAACAGGGUAAUGGUAAUCUGGACCUUAAUUUCUGCAGUUCAUUUCUUUUAAUGUUCUGUCUGCAAAAACUCAGGAAAGUGAUUGUGAUUUGUACAGUACCUCAAAGGAAUGUGUUGAAAGCACUAUGUACUGCUGAGAGUUAUAGGCUAGGCUUCAAUGUUACUUUAUAUUAAAUAUGUAUGUUUACCUCAACAAUUGGAAAAUAGCAAGGAAAAUUAUGUUGAAUGUAUCCAGGAAAAAAACUAAAGUGUGAUAUGACUGAAGCUUUACAGUUUUUAAAAAUAGAAACAGAAGGAUUUCCCAGUGUUCAGAAAUGGUUCUCUUGCCAAUUUGUCAGAUCAAACCAGAGCAGAAUGAUUUUUCUUGUGGGUAAACUGUGCGAGUUUUCAGCAUAUUGCUCCUUGAUAAUUACGUGAUACAGUCUUUAGAAGGUGCAUAGAUGAGAAAAGAGCCACUUAAUCGGUUUACGUUAGCAUCCAAAACAGUCAAGCGUAAGAUUUGGUAGGACUCUGAGAAGCAAAUUACCUUAAGCUGUGACUGCUGGCCUUUGUUGUGCAGCUCUAGUCAUAGUUUUGAGGUUAUUUUGGUGAAGCUAUAGGGAGUGGGAUCAGUGUAGGUCGCUGGCAGAGCUAUGGGUUGCAGAGCUCUUUAUAGCAACGCAGUGGACUGUGACCAAACAAACAGUACUAAUAACAAAGCAAAACUGAACCCUCAAAAUACAUUAAUUUCCCUUCCCAAACUAUAAAGUUGAGUUUUUGUUGUGUGUGUACGGCUCCAUCGUCCUUCGGUCUUCAUUUAGCAUCCAUUAGAAAUCUUCCAGGCUGGAGUGUGCCCACCAUUAUUUCUACCUCAGUUUUGUUACAUUUCUCUUGGAAAGCGAAAUAAGAAAUAGGGCAAAAAAGAACACCAACCAAGUCAGAUUAUGUUAGGAAUGUGAACCUGCUAAACAAGUUUCAGAGAGCUGGUUUUUUUCCCCCUGCAGUCAAGUUUUUCUCUGUUAGUGCUCUUUACCCUCCUUUUCCUCCCCCAAAUACACAUACUCUGGUGUCUUCCUUCUGGAAAGACUAACUGGCAUGUGUGGCAUUUUGCUCAGUUCUCCCCCUGCCCCCUUUCUUUUUAUCCUUUAAUGCUUUCCGUGCAACUCUUUUGGUGACAGCUGACUGAUGUUGGGUAAUGUCUCUGAGCAGGAGCAGUGCAUGUUGCAGCUGCCCAAAGCCUCUGCCAUCACAUGAGCAAAACAGCCUUGCUUUUUUGAAUGUAUUUUUUGUUUGUUUACUUUAAAGAGACAGUAACAAAACUGUUGCAAAGCACUGGCAUUUAAUGUUUCUGUUAAGUAAUGUACAUUCAAAUCCAUUAAAUAAAUGCACUGAAAAGCCCCAAGAAAAGAGAUACCAAUCUGUUACUAGAUCAUGUUUGUCUUCUCAAAAACUGUACAGACCUUGUCCGUUUUGUUAAAUCAAUGGAGACAUUUAGCAUUCAGAAAGCUAAUGAGGGAUUUUGUGAUAUUGCUGAAAAUUUAUGACUCUUGAUUAUUGCUUUUCUUUUAUUUUUCUUUUAAGAUAUAUAUAUAUAUUUAGAUAGAACAUGCUAAAAACAGAGCAAAUAAACCAAAAUCUAAUUUAAGAUGGAUUCCUGGCAAACAUUUUGUCUAUCUAAAACUUUAUGUUUUAAGCAUAAAAAUACCAUUUUAAAAACAGUGCCUUUCAUUAAGGAUAUAGAAAAUAAGACUUAAGUACAUCACCUGCUUUUAUUUUUUUUUUUUUUCAUUUUUUUUUCUUUUUCCUUUUAACAGCAAUUAGUCUGUGGUCCUUGUUACGACCCAGUCUUUCUGCUUCCCCAAACUUCCACAGGCUGCUUCUUCACCCUGGUCAUUCCACCAUCCUCAUGUCUGGAGACCCUGAUGUCCCCAUUAGCUGUAGGUUCACGGUGAUCACACUGGCAAGUACGCUAUUGCAGAUCGCUGACCCAAUUUCUGGCUUAGACAUUGCCUCUCCUAUCUGCCAUUGAGCUGUGCUCAUUUGAACAGUUCAGGCAAGUUUUGAUAAACGAACUCUUGUUAACUGUUUCUCUUAACCAUACCCUUAGCAGAUAUUUUUUGCAGCUGGUAAAGUAAAAGGUAGCCACUAGCAUGGAUUUUUUUCCUCUUUAUAUCCAGUUGCAAAACCAAAAGCAAACAAAAUUGUAUAUGGUCCUUUUGGCUUCAGCUUUAAAUCAUUCUCUUUAAAAAGUCACUCUGGGAAAUGGAUUUUUCAAAUGUUAACCAAAGUGAGAAGCAGGCAGAAACUGAGAUGGUGUGAAAAUGCAGGUUCCACAUGUGCGCACACACGCGCUCACACUCACGCUUAAUCUCUCCAGGGCUUGAUUCAUCUUUGGGGCAGCAGAAGUGGAAAACUGCACCUCUAUCACAGCAGCUGCAAGGAGACAAAGACAGAGCUAGAAUGUUACCCAAGUCUUUCCUUACCAGAAACUGUCCUUGGUGUUGCUCGGACUCGGGGCAGGGGGGUGGAAGGGCGGGGGAGAACACGUUCUUGUUGAAUUUGGUGAUACCUUGGCCAGGUAGUGUUAACAGGAGAUGCCUCAGCUCUUCUCCAAGUGGAUUCUGGCCAGUCCUUUGAUAGAAUUUCCUCCAAUUUGGUGGGGCUGAGUUGGCUGAACCCCCUGCCAUGUCCUGUCCUUCUCAUUGCUUUCCUCCCUCCUCCCAAAGUUAGCCCCCGUUUUCUUCCCAGCGAGCAAGUUUUGGCAUGCUGCUGGUCCUUCUUCCCUCUCAGCAGCCUUCUUGUCCAGGAGUGCCCAGGAAGGGCUGAAGCGCAAUCCUAAGCUUAAGCAGGUCCCAGAAGUUAGGAUUGUUAGAAGAGAGAGAAAAUGUGUUCUAAUGCUGUCCUCAGGAUGAAAUAUUUGCUAAUCUUUGACAUUUCCAUGGCAGAAAGCUGUUUGCUGUCUUUUAUGACUGGGCAAAGCUGGGUACUGCUGCCACAGAAAUACCCAAGUGGUUGCCUGAGGCUUCCUGGCUGCUGGCACAGCCCUGGAUUUUAACCUGAAAUGGUUAAAGAGCAUCUGCAGUGCCAGCCUAUCAUUGCAGAUGUUUUACGUCAUAUUUUCAUGUGUGGAUCCCAUUCUGCAUCAGUUCAUUUUCUUCCUUGUACCUUCAGUAACAAUUCCUACAGCAACAAAAAUAAAAUAAAUCAGAGAAAUGUUUCUGCAAGCUGAAGGAUCAAUAUCAAUUCAAGGAGGAGUUCGUAAUGACCUUAUGUGAGGCAGAAAUGGAAAUUCUUUAUACUUCUGACAUGUUUCUCUCCAAAAUAUUUAGAACAUUAGUGACAGUAUAGAAAAGUUUGCUGGCUGAGCUGAUCAAUGGAAUGUGAAGGCAGUUUACUUUAAGGCUAUUUGCUUUCACACGGAUUAUUUGUCUAUUAGUCAGUUUGUAUUCUACUCAAAUGCAGAUAGAUGGGCGAAAUGUUUUCUUGAGCAUUACAAACCUACCAAGGGGAAAAUCAACCAUCUGACUAAAAUACAUAGGCCAAACACCAUCUGGGUGUCUUUACCAGCUAUUUGGAAGCUGUGCUCUGUAAAAUGGUACAAGGUCAUAUUUAGGUGGGUUUUUUUUUUAUAGGAUGUUUCUUUAGGGGAUCAUCUAGUCAAAAAGAUGCAAAUUAAUUGCUGCAUCAAGCUAGUAAUAUUUAAAGCUAUUUGGGGAUCUGGCCAGGGUUUUCACUGUCUGCAAAUAUGUACGACUUCAGGUAAAGGGCUGUUCUUAUAAUCCCCCUGCAUUUUUCU